AAUUAAUACUAAGUGGCUGGACAAGAGUAAGAACUGAGAAGGAAAGGAACACCACUAAUGGCAACAACAAUAGCUGGUGUGAGCCUAUCUUCCACCACAGCAGCGGUGGCCAAGGCCCAGAAGAUAGGCAAUUCUCCAUGUCUCGUGAGCCUCCACCCAUGGAGGAUAAACAUGAACAUGAAGCAGCAGCAAAACAUGGGAGGGAGAGGUGGUGGUCGCAUGUACGUGAGGACUGCACCAGAGAAGAUAUCAGAGAAGGUAACAGAGAGCAUAAAGGGUGCGGAGGAGGCAUGUGCAGGUGACCCAACGAGCGGCGAAUGCGCAGCAGCGUGGGAUGAGGUGGAAGAGGUGAGUGCAGCAGCCAGCCAUGCGAGACAAAGGCAGAAGGAGACCGAUCCACUGGAGACCUAUUGCAAGGACAACCCUGAGACUGAUGAAUGCCGCACCUAUGAGGAUUGAGGCCCUUCUGCCUUCUUCUUCCUGUUAUUAAUUCAUAGUUUACUCUAUUGCCAUCCUCUUCAAUGCUUUUAGCUGUUUUACUGUCCUUAUCUGUAGAUUUGCAGUUCU